GAAAUGUUUCUUCAAUUAGGAAUCAAGUUUGCAUGCAUGCAUUCAUUCGUUCAUUCAUUCGUUGACUAGGCAGGUACGGAUGAAUGAAUGGAUGAUUGACACUCGAAGUAGGGGAUUCUGGAUAUAUAAAGCUUGUGAGUGCCAAGGAAAUUGAAGGUUGAAGUUAUCAUCCAUUAUAUUUCCUCGAACGUUUUGGUUGCUUUCAGAAUGAAUUUAACCUCACUUCACUCUGUUCUACUUUCGUUAUUCGUCUUUCCAUUUCUUGCAAUCGCGCAGAACAUCACAGCAUCUCUAGAUUAUGGCACAUUCCAAGGUGCAUACUCAUCUACAUAUAACAUAACCUAUUAUCAGAAGAUCCCCUUUGCAGCACCUCCAACUGGCAACAACAGGUUUAGAGGCCCACAACCUCCUCUCCCUAUCACAAAUGGAACCUAUAAUUCCAUUCAAACCUUUCCCGCCUGUCCCCAAAAAGGUAAUGUUGGAUCAGAGGACUGUCUUUACUUAUCUCUCUACUCUCGCCCAUGGACAUCCAAUCAGCCACUUCGACCAGUCAUGGUAGUGUUCUUCGGGGGCGGAUUCAUUCAAGGCGGUGGUUCGCUGGCAGUUCCCCCUUCGGCCUAUCCCAUCCUCAAUGUUUCUGCUCAAAACGAUAUACUCUUCGUAUACCCCAAUUACCGUGUCAACACAUUUGGAUUUCUACCAGGAAAAGAGAUUGCGGAAGAUGAAAGUUCAGAUCUCAAUCCGGGAUUGCUGGACCAGAGAGCGGUUCUUGAAUGGGUGAAUAAGUAUAUCGAUCAAUUUGGUGGAGACAAAGAUAAUGUGGGCAUUUGGGGGCAAAGUGCAGGAGCGGGAAGUGUGGUCGCACAAGUCCUCGCCACUUCCGGGGAAACCACUCCACCCCUUUUUAACCGCGCUCUCGCCUCCUCUCCUUUUUGGCCUAAAACAUACACCUACGAUGCUCCCCAAGCUCAAUCCAUUUACGAUACCAUGACCGACCUGACAAACUGCACUGGUGCUAUCAAUGGCACUCUACAGUGUUUGAAAUCUCUAGAAUGGGAGGUUCUAGCCGAGGCGGCGCUAGUUGUUGCGGCGAGUCAUACUUGGAAUACCAGCAGUUAUACGUGGGCACCCGUAAUUGAUGGAACAUUUCUGAAGAAAACUUUGAGCGAAGCAACGGUUAAUGCGAAAGGUGGUAGGGGUGGGAAAGGGGAACUCGCUAUCACGGGGGGUUGGGGCAUGUAUAAUGCACAUGAAGGUGAAAACUUUGUUCCCUCCGGUCUCCAAAACGCCACCGACACCGGUACACCACCCUUCAACUCCACCAUCGCCUCCUUCAACGUCUGGCUCGCCGGUUACCUCCCCUCAUUUUCCCAUUCCCAGCUCGAUGCCGUGCGCGCCCUAUAUCCUCUAUCUGGCCCCGCAGAGACAUUUCCAGCCUACAACACUACAUAUGAGAGAGCAGGACUUAUAUACCGAGACUCGGUAUUAGCGUGUCCGGCACUGUGGACGAGCAAGGCGGCAAGUGGCAGCGGAUGGAUGGGAGAAUAUACGAUUAGUCCCGCGCGCCAUGGAAGUGACACCAUUUAUUGGAACCAAGUAAACGCGGUCCAGAAAUCGCAACCGCUCAUCUAUCAAGGCUACGCCGGAGCAUUCGCCUCCUUCAUGGCAACCGGGAACCCGAACCAACAUAAACUGACAAAUGCAUCGGAGCCGGGCGUGCCAGAAGUCAGCACGGGAAUGGAAUAUGUGAUUGCGAGUGAUGGAUUCGAAAACGUGGAGAUUGAUGGGGUAAGAUACAGUUUGGAGGCGAGGUGUAAGUUUUGGGCUAGUGUCGCGAGAAGCGUGCCGAUUUGAGGGUGGAGGGAAUUCUAGGGUCUUGACGCUGAUGGUUUGGUUGGCUGAGUCGUGCACUGGGAAUCUGGUAUAGCUUAUGGGUGAAUAUUAAGUUGUUCGCAUGGAUGUCGUAGAACGUAUGCACACCCUGUCUAUUAUUGUUGUUUACCUAGGUGCCUGCAAUGCUUUUCAGUACGUUUCUUAUAGGCCAAUAAACUUUCCUUACAAGGUUAGUGUCAUGUAUCAAAGGCAAUAAAGGCCCGACGAGAAUCUAGGCAGUGCAAGAAUGAAAAAAUUGUCAAGGAAGUUUAAUCACGUCGGCCA